AUGAGCGGUGAGAAAAAACGACGUCGACGAAAGCAUGGUCCGGUGUUAAUCGAGGAAAAUGUCAUAACAAAUUUAAGAUCAACAACCACAACGAUCAGAACCGAAGAACAAAAACAUACGGAAAAUACUGUACGUCAAUUCUAUCAUACUGAGGAGGAUGAGGAAAGUGUUUCGGAUGAUUUACAAUCAACAGCUAUACCAUCAAACGAGAAAAUAUCGAAAAAAAUCGAACGCGUUUUACGGAAAAUUAAUGCCUGGACAAAUGAAGUAUCGUCAACACCAACACAUCAUAAUAACGAUAUGCAACAAGAUUCAUUACAAGAUAUGUCUUUCAACAAAACAAAUCUACCGGUUUAUGAUAAUCCUCAACAAGGUCAACAGCACGAAUCGAGUUUCAUAAAACCCAUCUCUUCAUCAUUAUUUCAUUCAUUUCGGCAACGAUGUUGUUCAUCAACAUACACUAAUCCAAAUAUGCUUAAUAGUCAGCAAAUAUCAGCUCAUCGGCCGCAUUCAUUGAUGACAUUUGCUGAUAAACCAUUGCCACAAAUGACAACUGCAUCAUGCCUUGUAAACAAUGACAAUAAGACUUAUCCAAGCGAAGGACAGACUCGAAAGGUGAGCGGAACAACGCCCUCGUAA